GCGAGCAGGCAGAGUUUAAGGCCAUUAAGGGUCUCGGCCCAAAACGUCACCCACUCCUUCUACCCAGAGUUGCUGCCUGUCCCGCUGAGUUACUCCAGCAUUUUGUGUCUAUCUUCGGUGUAAACCAGUAUCUGCAGUUCCUUUGCUGUACUAGCGGUCACGGUGCCGACCUACUGCCCUCUACAACUUAACCAGCCGACCAGCAACCAGGAAGCGGAGCGUCUGCCCUGGGCUCAGCCGCGUAGCCCGGCCCGGCCUGACUCGCAGUAGGAUGCAUUUUAGCACCGUGACCAGAGACAUGGAAGCCUUCACCGCAAACAGCAUCAGCAGUCUGAACUCAUCGGGGGGCUACCACCUCUCCCCUUCGCCGGGAGAGCCCGGCCCUUACACCCACGACUCGCACUAUGAGCCGUGCCCGGCGGUGCAACACAGCGGCUACGGCGGUGGCUACGGCGGUGGGUCGGCGGCUCCGGGAGAGGUUGACGGCGGUGCUACAACCACAACUACAGCCGCCAACUGCGGGCCCGGCUGCUCCUCGGGGAAAGCGGCCGUGAAGAAGAAUCCCAAAGUGGGCAACAUCACGGUGCAGUUGGAGAUGAAGGCUCUCUGGGACGAGUUUAACCAGCUGGGGACCGAGAUGAUCGUCACAAAAGCCGGGAGGAGAAUGUUCCCGACAUUUCAAGUGAAGAUCUUUGGCAUGGAUCCCAUGGCUGACUAUAUGCUCCUAAUGGACUUCGUGCCGGUUGAUGACAAGAGAUACCGGUACGCCUUUCACAGUUCCUCUUGGUUAGUGGCGGGGAAGGCAGACCCAGCUACACCAGGGAGGGUCCAUUAUCACCCAGACUCGCCGGCCAAGGGCGCUCAGUGGAUGAAACAAAUUGUCUCCUUUGACAAGCUGAAACUAACCAACAACUUACUGGAUGACAACGGGCAUAUCAUCCUGAACUCGAUGCACAGAUACCAGCCGCGUUUCCACGUGGUUUACGUCGACCCGAGAAAAGACAGUGAGAAAUACGCCGAGGAGAACUUCAAAACGUUCCUGUUUGAAGAGACGAGAUUCACCGCGGUCACGGCGUAUCAGAACCACCGGAUCACACAACUGAAAAUCGCAAGCAACCCAUUUGCAAAAGGAUUUCGAGACUGUGACCCUGAAGACUGGCCGAGGAAUCACAGACCAGGCUCCUUGCAGUUAAUCAGCGCGUUCACCAGAAACCGGAACGCGGUGACAUCCCCACAACAGAACGGCAGCGACAAAGAUGCUGACGCCAGAAGCGAAUACGAGCGGGGAGCGUCGCGGACGCUGAUGCACGGGGAACAUCCACAUCAGCAGCAGAUCAUGUCGCGGGUGUUGAGCCCGGGUCUCCCCGGCGCCCUCCACCCCCUCACCCGGCCAAGCCCGCCUCACGAACUGCGACUGGAGCACCACACACAAGCCCCGGACAGCCUCCACCACACCUACAAGUACCGCUCGUACCACGACACCUACAUCGGGGCCAAACCCCGGCCCAGCCCUUACCCGCUGCCGGGGAUCGCCAGCCACAGUUACCACCACAUGAACACAGCCUCCAACAUGUACCCCGGCAGCGCGGCGCCCACUAACUAUGACUACGGCCACAGAUAAGAGCAAGGCAAGGAAUUCCUGCUGCCUAACUUUUUACAACUAGGAACUAACUUCCGGCGCUGCAAACUGAAGAAGAUGCACAAAAAAUAAUUGAGGAAUUUUCAGUUUGGUUUGUUUAAUUGAACGGUUUGCAUUUCACGAUAGAAACUUCACCUGCAGAUGAGCAAAAGUUGCAAAGUUGAGACUGAAUGAGUUUUAUGUGGUCAAGGCCAUUUGCUGGUCAACCGCGGAGAAGUUGCAAAAGGCGGCCAUUGGAUUGGACGAGUCGAGUGGGCGGGACAAAGGCAAGGGUGGAGAGUGAUUGGUUGCCUUGGGGUUUUUUUUGAAUGACUGACACAUGGGUUGACCAAUCCGCUGCGUCUCCCGGUCGGCUUGACCCAAUUGGAAGACGGCGUGGGUCGCAGCUGGCAUCCCAUUGGCUCGCAGGGGAGGCCAAGGUCCGGCGCGGUUGGUUGGGCGAGCAGAGCCAAUGGGAUCAGAGGAGGAUGGACUGGCGCAGAACCGGCGUAGAACCGGCGUAGAACCGGCGUCAACGGGUGUACACGGGCACCCGGGCAACAGGGAGGUUCCAUUCGCUUUCUGUGGACGUGGACGGCAAAUAAAAAAGGUGUCGAGUUGCAAUUUCAGCUUUGAGAGAAGCCACUGGUUAUUUAGAAUGGAGGCAGCGGAGACAAGUUCGCCUUGUGACGAAGUUCCAACAAGCUUACAAAAGUUUCCUUUCAUUAAAAUUAAAAAAACGCGUGCGUUAUCAAUGGUUGUGUUAUUAAGUCAGCACAGCCGCAUGAAUGUGUGUUGAUGGAUGCCCUUUUUGUUCCGGGCUAAUGAGGCACAGACUAGCUCGUCACAUUCACAGCCCCAUCUUGUGUAAGAAAGGAUAGUAUAGCGGCUCUGACCAUUCCCUUCUCUCCAGAGAUGCUGCCUGUCCCGCUGAGUUACUCCAGCAUUUUUAGUGUCUACGAUGUAAGCCAGCAUUUGCAGUUCCUUUCCAUACGGUUCAGUUGAGGAUUAGUUUCGAGAUACAGGCCAUUCGGCCCGCUGAGUCCGCGCCGACCAGCGACCCCCGCACACCAACACCCGCCGGGGAACUAUUUACAAUUUGACCAAAAAUAAAAAUCACCAAGCCAAUUAAUCUACAAAAAUUGCACGUCUUUGGGGUGUGGGGUGGAAACUGGAGCGCCCGGAGAAAACCCACGCGGUCACAGUCUCCGGAGAACGUGCAGCCAGACAGCACCUGUAGUCAGGAUCGAACCCGGGUCUCUGGCGCUGUGAGGCAGCAACUCUACCGCUGCGCCCCCGUGCCGCCCGUUUUGUAGUUUCGGGACCUUAGACAUUUGAUCAAAAUACAUGUUCAAAUCUGAAGAAACUAAAUCCACCAAUACAUUUUUUUUUUUCUUAAUUUGAAAAAAAUGUCUGCCAUUAAUGAUCAGGUAAGGUUUGGAUUGUCGUUGAGGUGAUUUUUUUAUCUGGUUUCCUUAGUAUCUGUACAAUCGGUCAGGUUUAUUCUGACUCCAGACACAAAACAACGUGUUUUAACCCUUUAUAGACACUAAAUGUUGGAGUAACUCAGUGGGUCAGGCAGCAUCUCUGGAGAGAAGGAAUGGGUCGAGUCCCUUCUUCGGACACUUCUGCAGUUCCUUCCAACACCGUUUAACCCUUUAUCUGCCCCCCAGCCAGCCAGCCAGCCAAGUCGUGACAUUUUAGGAAGGAGAGAUGAAAAUGCAAAUAGACACAAAAAUGCUGGAGUAACUCAGCGGGACAGGCAGCAGCAUCUCUGGAGAGAAGGAACGGGUGAUGUUUCGGGGUCGAGACCCUUCUUCAGACUCGGGGGAGGGGGAGUGUGGAGACAUGAAAGGUUUUACGAUCGCAGGGAGAGCGUACACACUCCAUACAGACUCUCUCUACAGCCGCUGUUACCUGUCCCGCUGAGUUACUCCAACAUUUUGUGUCUAUCUUCGGUUUAAACCAGCAUCUGCAGUCCCUUCCAACACAUAAAAAACACAGAACAGGUUAAUUUCAGAACACAGGUUAGGCAACAAAUAUUCAACUAUAGAGCUACCUACUGGUCCUAGAAUGGACAAUAUUCUAAUUUAAAACUAUAUAUGUACAUGUAUAUAAUUCUCUAGUAUUGUGUGCAGAGUCAAACUAGAUAUUAUAUUUGGGGAAAGGAUGUAUCUCCAUGCGUUUUCGCUACUCUCAACGCAGAGGCUGCUGUUUUGAACAAUUCGAUCCCAUCCCGCGUUUUCACGGCGUUAUUUAAAAGAUUCAGAUUUCAAAUCGGUUUUCAAUCUGGUAUCUUUCAAAAGAUGCCUUCAUUUUUUUUUAUUUUUUUUUUUGUGCAUGUAUUCGUGAAGCGGGAAGGAAGUUUCAAAUCAGAAACGACUUGUCUGCCCGGCCGCUCGCUGUUUUAUUUGUGUGUGUGUGUGUGUGUGUGUGUGAGGUCACGUCGUGAUGAGAUUUGGUGUCCCACAGAGACUCGGAUAUUCGCAGUUCAACCGACAAUGGCAAUGGUCGUGAGGGUGGGGGGGGGGGGGGGGGGGGGGGGGGGGGGGGGGGGGGGGGGGGGUCGCGCUGAUUUGUUUUUUAACGCGAAUGAAGAUGAUAUUUAUUGAGCGAUGAAAAUGAUUAUAUAUUUUAAAAUAUACAGGGGCUCUGUGAAGGAGGAUAGUUCGCGGAUCGUUGCUACCGCCGAGCAGGGAACGUGUAGAUACGUGUAGAUAAUCUAACCUGUAGAUAAUGUAUAUUUAACUAGCAAACCGUGACUGUUUAGUGAUUAACAAUGUUUCAAUGUAAAGAGGCUGCCGUAUUUUUAAACGGAAAAAGAUCGGCGUGCUGUAUUUGUCUAUAUAAACUGGUGAAUUUAAAAGAAAUAUUAAAUGCUCCGUGUUCAUUUC